AUGAUCGGCGGGGAAGUAGGGUGCGAGGGUGCAAUCAGGGUUGCACUUGCGGCGCUGGUAUUUGCAGGCCGCGCAGGCCUGGGUUGGGCUGGCGGCGCUGCCGGGGCUUCCGCUUCCGGUGCCGCCGGUGGAGGAUCGGCGGGAUUGGUUGUGGAGGUGGUGGUGGGGGGGGCCCGGGGAAUGGGAGUUGCCGCUGGUGGAGGACGUGGUGGUGCUGCUGUUGGAAACGCUCAUGUUUAG